CCCUGCCAGAGAGCGGCGCCGGGCGUGGCCGGGCCCGCCACCGCCUCUCCACCGGCUCGGCAGCGGUUGCGGGCGGUGCGGCCUGCCAUGGGGCUGUGUCUGCCCUGCAUGGGGGGCGCCGUGAAGGACGUGGUGGAGACACCCGAUCCGGAAAUAAAAAGAAGACAGCUAGCAGAAGCUGCUGAAAAGAGGCAGAUGGAGGCUUCCUCUCGAGGUAUUAAGAACGCUUACUCUGUAGAGCAAAAGAAAAAGAAACAGGAAGAAAUGGAAAAAAGAAUGACAACUUCAGGUUCUGGAGGAGGUGGAGGACUGAGAUGGCAGGUUGGAUAAAGAAUUAUGACUUACAAAGAGAAGAAGAUUGACGUUUACUGCCAGUAAUUUGCCAGUUUCUGCAGCUGAGUGGCACUUACUCAUCCUGUGGCUUUUGCUGUUUGCAUAUGAAGACUCAGCAAUACUUCGCCAUUGUGGAAGAGCAGGGGUGGAAACACACUGAGAAAUUUAAAAAGUAGCUUUGAGCACUAAGUUUUGGCCAAUUUUUGUUUAUUUUGUGUGCAUAUUUUACUGCUUCCCUGUCACACGAGUGAGGUGGGUUCUCACAUGGAAGUGGCCUCCAUGUACCUGUAGUGAGUCAGUACAUGGAUGCUGUCUGGUCAAGUGGGUGUCUUGUCUGUCUGUGACUGGCUUAAACAUAGCUCAGGUGACCCUUAUUUCAAGCUCUCCCAUCAAACUAUUUUCUAAGUCCUCAUGUAGAAAGCUGUCCAUAAAUACAUAUAUUUGAAUAUGUGGGUAAUGACAUUUCAGUUUCUUAAUGACUUUGAACUGCUUAGGGAUUUAGUGCCUUGUUCAAAACAGAAAGCAGAUUCACAGUGUGCCCUUGCCAAUAGAAGUGUUUUGUGACACUAGUAAAAAAAAAAUAGAAACCUUUCUAAACCUUGUGUACUUAUGUGAAGAAAGCUGUUUUAUUAUGAGCCUAAUAAUUGUUCUUCUCGUUUUUGGAUGUGCAUUUCCUUGGAGACUCUAAAUAUAGUGAAUGCUGGAAGUUAAACAUUACAUUAAUACUAUUAGUCUUUCUCCUUUAUUACCACAAGAGGGCAAUGCUGCACCUCACAGGAGUUCGAAAAACAAAUGGCAAAUGACUUCAUCACCCCUUGGAUGGUUCAUUUUCUCAGGUUUGUGUCCUGUCCUGUAUGGGUGGGUUUUUAUGGUGCAGUAACGUCUGCCAAGUAUCCAAAACUCUGUGACUUUUUCCCUGUCUUCAGCAAUGUCUGUGGUCCCUUUCCCAAACAUGAAGCUGCCUUUUAUUAUUUAUUGCUCCCUAAACCCUGGUGUUAAAACCAGACUUUCAAACUAGUAGCCUCAAGCCACUGCUCUGAUAGAGCGAAGUUUGUUGCAGCAUGUUUGACACUUGAAUCUAGCUCUCAUUUUCCCCAGAGAGCAUGAUGCUUGGCUUCAGUAUCUUACUGGCCUCAUUUCUGGCCUAGUUUAGGUUAUAGAGGCUUUCCCCACACCCCCCCCCCCCUUGAACUAAAUAUUUCUUCUUUUAUCUCCCUCAGUAGAGUCUCAUGCUGUCUUAGGAGCGCAGUCCUGACACGAUGAGUUUCCUGGCUUAGCCUUCAGAAUUGAGAAGAGAGACUUUUCAGUAUUAACAUAGUGGUAUUUGGGCUAAGAAACUGUGUCCUUGGCAGAUCAAUGUCUUCAGUUUCCUUUUGGUUGCUGGCAAUUAAAUGGUCAUAGCAAGUUGGGGGUUUUUAAGUCUUAACAAAACAUGCAUUGAAUUAUAAUAAAAUAUAUUCUUAAAAACAUCA